AUGCAUUUCCUCGCUAUUGCCACAAUCUUCUUGCUAUCGGUGGUGAGCGGUAUUUUCGGAGUGGCAUCACCUGGAUGUGGAAAGGCAGCGGCUUUGACCAAUGGCAACCAUACGAUAAACGUCAAUGGCAAAACGCGCGCUUAUAUUCUCCGCUUGCCAACAAACUAUAAUAUCAACAAGCAAUACCGCCUCAUUUUUGAGUUCCACUGGGCCCACGGUAGUGCUGGCCAAAUCGUCCAAGGAGGAUACGCACCAUCCUACUAUGGCCUUCCUCCACUUGAUACGGCCCAAAACGCCAUCUACGUCGUGCCAGAAGGCCUCUAUGAAGGAUUCGGCGAGUCAAACGGACCCUACCAGGGUUGGGCAAAUACGGGCGGGCAGGACGUAGCUUUCACUGAUGCCAUGCUUACUACCUUUCAAAAUGGACUUUGCAUCGAUCAGAAUCUUAUCUUCUCCAUGGGCCACAGCUAUGGCGCAGGCAUGUCGUACGCUCUUGCGUGUUCGCGUGCUAAUAUCUUCCGCGCCGUGGCCAUCAACUCCGGAGCCUUGAUCAGUGGCUGUUCGGGCGGAACGUCCCCAAUUGCUAUGUACAUCCAGCACGGCUUGAGGGACACGACCCUACCCAUAUCGGCAGGAAGAUCAAUUCGAGACCAGUUUGUGAAGAAUAACGGCUGCACUACUCGCUCUGAGACACAACCUCCAUCAGGUCGCCACACGAACAUCGCAUAUAGUGGUUGCCAAUCUAGAUAUCCCCUCACCUGGGUCCCUUUUGACGGUGGACAUGUUCCGGCACCGACUGAUCAGGGCUCUUCCACUUCCUUUACUCCAAGAAACAAUUACGAUUUUUUCAAUCAAUUCACUUGA